UCUUCUUUAGACUUGUCCUCCUUUUUUCAAUUCUUAGAUACCUUCCUUCCUUGUUCUUCCACAAUUUCUCGAACCCUAAAUUUCCACUGCCUUUUUUAUACUCUCUGAAUCACACGCAGAAAUCGGUGAAGCUAUGGCUCAGUUCAAACUCAUCGCCGCUCUCCUUGUCUCCUUCUGCGUCCUUCUACCUCUCACUCACGCCGUUAGCAAGGACGUCAGCUACUGCGAUAAGAAAGCUGAAUAUGCUGUCAAGGUCACUGGACUCGACAUCAAUCCUUAUCCUAUCGCCAGGGGCAAGCCUGCCAGCUUCAACAUUGCUGCAACUACAGGUGAAUCGAUUACCGGAGGGAAAUUGGUGAUUGACGUGUCAUACUUCGGGUGGCACAUCCACAGUGAGAAUCAUGAUCUUUGCUCGGAAACAUCUUGCCCUGUUUCAGUCGGCGAUUUCAUGGUUGCCCACUCGCAAGAAUUGCCGGGAUAUACUCCGCCUGGUUCGUACUCUCUAAAAAUGAAGAUGUAUGAUGCAAACAAGAAUGAGCUGACAUGCAUAGCCUUUGAUUUUGACAUUGGGUUUGCAUCAUCUGUGGCUGAUAGUUAAGCGCUUCAGAUGUUGGUUGUUUGGUACAUCUAUCAAAACUGUACUUCGUAGCAUUUAAGAAGAAUGGUCUUUAUGGCCAUCUGUUUCAUGUUAAUACUUUGCAGUAUUUUGUGAUGUGUAUAUUGUAAUUACUCCAUUUACUUGUUGAGACUAUGAAAACUAAAACUCAAUGGAACCGAACCUUGAAUA